AUGGACGGCGAUGGCGGCCGCCGAGACGCCCCCGGCGCGCUGAUGGAAACCGGGCGCGGCGCGGGGCCCGCGGGCAUGGCGGAGCCGCGGGCGAAGGCGGCGCGGCCCGGGCCCCAGCGCUUCCUAAGGCGCAGUGUGGUGGAGUCGGACCAGGAGGAGCCGCCGGGCCUGGAGGCGGCCGAGACUCCGAGCCCUCAACCUCCGCAGCCCCUGCAGCGCCGGGUGCUUCUGCUCUGCAAGACGCGCCGCCUCAUCGCGGAGCGCGCCCGCGGCCGCCCCGCUGCCACUGUGCCCGCUGCCCCUGCUGCGCCUCCUGGCGCCCCUGGCACCCCAGCAGACCCCGGCCCAGAGCCCACGGGCACAAAGGAACUCACCCCAGACCCCGCAGCAGCCGCCACCGCGCCCGCCCUCGACGGCGGCCCCCAGGAGGAGGCAACUGCAGUGAAGAAGGAGGACGCGGGGGUGACCGAGGCGAAGCCUGAGUCCGGCCGAACACGCCGGGACGAGCCUGAGGAGGAGGAGGACGACGAAGAUGACCUUAAGGCCGUGGCCACCUCCUUGGACGGCCGCUUCCUCAAGUUCGACAUUGAGCUGGGCCGCGGCUCCUUCAAGACAGUGUACAAGGGUCUGGACACCGAAACCUGGGUAGAAGUGGCCUGGUGUGAGCUGCAGGACCGGAAGCUCACCAAGCUGGAGCGGCAGCGAUUCAAGGAAGAGGCAGAGAUGCUCAAAGGCCUGCAGCACCCCAACAUCGUCCGCUUCUAUGACUUUUGGGAGUCCAGCGCCAAGGGCAAGCGGUGCAUUGUGCUAGUGACUGAGCUGAUGACCUCAGGGACACUGAAGACGUACCUGAAGCGCUUCAAGGUGAUGAAGCCCAAGGUGCUCCGCAGCUGGUGCCGGCAGAUCCUGAAGGGCCUGCUGUUCCUGCACACGAGGACGCCGCCCAUCAUCCACCGGGAUCUGAAGUGUGACAAUAUCUUCAUCACUGGCCCAACCGGGUCUGUGAAAAUUGGUGACUUGGGCCUGGCCACCCUCAAAAGAGCAUCAUUUGCUAAAAGUGUGAUAGGUACACCCGAGUUCAUGGCCCCUGAGAUGUAUGAGGAGCACUACGAUGAGUCUGUAGAUGUCUAUGCCUUCGGGAUGUGCAUGCUGGAGAUGGCCACCUCAGAGUACCCCUACUCAGAGUGCCAGAAUGCUGCGCAGAUCUACCGGAAGGUCACCUGUGGUAUCAAGCCGGCCAGCUUUGAGAAAGUGCACGAUCCUGAGAUCAAGGAGAUCAUUGGGGAAUGUAUUUGCAAAAACAAGGAGGAAAGGUAUGAGAUCAAGGACCUGCUGAGCCACGCCUUCUUCGCAGAGGACACAGGCGUGAGAGUGGAGCUAGCGGAGGAGGACCAUGGCAGAAAGUCCACCAUUGCUCUGCGGCUCUGGGUUGAGGACCCCAAGAAACUGAAAGGAAAGCCCAAGGACAAUGGAGCCAUAGAGUUCACCUUCGACCUAGAGAAGGAGACGCCGGAUGAGGUGGCCCAGGAAAUGAUUGAGUCUGGAUUCUUCCAUGAGAGUGAUGUGAAGAUUGUGGCCAAGUCCAUCCGUGAUCGUGUGGCAUUGAUCCAGUGGCGGCGGGAGAGGAUCUGGCCUGCUCUUCAGCCCAAGGAGCAGAGCGACUCAGGCAGUCCUGACAAGUCGAAGGGCCCCCCAGUGCCCUUGCAGGUCCAGGUGACCUACCAUGCUCAAGCUGGGCAGCCUGGGCCACUGGAGCCUGAGGAACCAGAGGUUGACCAACACCUCCUCCCUCCUACGCUGCCGACCAGUGCUACCUCCCUGGCCUCGGACAGCACCUUUGACAGCGGCCAGGGCUCCACGGUGUACUCGGACUCGCAGAGUAGCCAGCAGAGCGUAGUGCUGGGCUCCCUCGUGGACGCAGUGCCCCCCCAGGCCCAGUGUGUAUGCAGCCCCCCUGUGAGUGAGGGGCCUGGCCUGCCCCAGAGCCUGCCCUCGCUGGGGGCCUACCAGCAGCCCACAGCCACGCCUGGCCUGGCAGUGGGCUCUGUCCCUACCCCUGCCUGCCCUCCAGUUCUUCCGCAGCAUUUCCCAGAGCCGGUGAUGAGCUUUACCCCUGUGCUGCCACCGCCCAGUGCCCCUGUACUCACAGGUCCAAGCCAACCAGCAGCCCCUGGCCAGCAGCCACCUCCACUGGCCCAGCCGACACCCCUGUCACAGGUCCUGGCCCCACAGCCUGUGGGACCCCUGCAGCCGGUGCCCCCCCACAUGCCUCCGUAUCUGGCUCCGACCUCCCAGGUGGUGGCUCCCACUCAGUUGAAGCCCCUCCAGAUGCCGCAGGCGCCCUUGCAGCCAAUCACUCCAGUCCCACCACAGAUGCCUCCAGUUCCCGUUGUGCCCCCCAUUACACCCCUGGCGGGAAUUGACGGCCUCCCUCCAGCCCUCCCUGACCUGCCAGCCGCGAACGUGCCCCCUGUGACACCUGUGCCACCUCCUCAGUAUUUCUCUCCAGCUGUGAUCUUGCCGAGCCUCGCUGGCCCCCUGCCUCCCUCAUCCCCAGCCCUGCCUCUGCAGGCCGUCAAGCUGCCCCACCCUGCCGGGGCACCCCUGGCCAUGCCCUGCCAGACCAUCGUGCCAAAUGCAUCAGCCACCAUCCCCCUGCUAGCCGUGGCCCCACCGGGCGUGACUGCCCUGUCCAUUCACCCUGCGGUGGCCCAGCUCCCGGCCCAGCCCGUGUACCCGGCAGCCUUCCCGCAGAUUGUACCCGGUGAUGUCCCGCCCUCCCCUCACCAUGCUGCGCAGAGUGUGCGGGCCAUCCCGCCACAGCCAGCACCCCCUAUGCAUCCUGAGCCCCUCCAGCCCAGCGUGCACCUUCCCGAGCCAGCCACUCCAGCUGCUGUGCCGGGGAGCCAGGUCCUGCUUGGCCACCCGCCUCCCUAUGCUGUGGAUGUUGCCGCUCAAGUCCCCUCUGUGCCUGUGCCGCCAGCUGCUGUCCUCUCCCCGCCUCUGCCGGACGUGCUGCUACCUGCCGCUCCUGAGGUUCUGCCUCAGUUCCCUAGCUCUCUGGCCCCCACAGUGGUGGCAGCUGCUCAGAGUGUGCCUGCCCAGACUGCCACACUUCUGCCACCGGCAAACCCACCAUUGCCUGGUGGGCCUGUGAUGGCCAGCCCCUGCCCAGCCGUCCAGCUAACAGUGGAACCAGCUCAAGAGGAGCAGGCCCCACAGGACAAGCCGCCCAGCCUCCCGCAGAGCUGUGAGAGCUAUGGAGGUUCUGACGUCACUUCUGGAAAAGAGCUGAGUGACAGCUGUGAAGGCACCUUUGGAGGGGGCAGGCUGGAGGGCAGGGCUGCCCGGAAGCACCACCGCAGGUCUACACGCGCUCGGUCCCGGCAGGAGAGGGCCAGCCGGCCCCGGCUGACCAUCCUGAAUGUGUGCAACACAGGAGACAAGAUGGUGGAGUGUCAGCUGGAGACGCACAACCACAAGAUGGUGACCUUCAAGUUCGAUUUGGAUGGGGACGCGCCUGACGAGAUUGCCACAUAUAUGGUGGAGCACGACUUCAUCCUGCAGGCCGAGCGGGAAACGUUUAUUGAGCAGAUGAAGGAUGUCAUGGACAAGGCAGAGGACAUGCUCAGCGAGGAUACAGAUGCUGACCGCGGCUCUGACCCAGGGGCCAGUCCUCCACACCUCGGCACCUGUGGCCUAGGCGCUGGGGAGGAAAGCCGGCAAUCCCAAGCCAAUGCCCCUGUGUAUCAGCAGAAUGUCCUGCACACGGGGAAGAGAUGGUUUAUCAUCUGUCCAGUGGCCGAGCACCCGGCACCUGAGGCCCCUGAAUCUUCACCCCCACUUCCGCUAAGCUCCCUGCAGCCAGAACCCAACCAAGAUCCAGCACCCUAUAAAGACCAGCUGCCCUUGAAAGAGCAACCUGGCCCUCCAGCUGGUCAGCAGUUCCUGAGCCAGACGGGUCCCAGUAACCCUCCCAGUGGGACACCUGCCCCUUUGGUACCAUCUUCCCCUCCUGUGACUACUCUACCCCAAGAUGCAUCUGCACCAGCCACCAGCAGCAGGCCAGAGCCAGCAUCAGGGACUGCCAUCCAGGCAGGGGUUCCACGGACCCAUCAGGGGCUGACCAGUGAGCUCAAGACCCCCCAGUCAGUAGCAGAGACUCAUGAUGCCCAGCUUACUGCACAGCCCCUUGCGGUGGGCCCAGGACCUCGCGCCCCACCUCUGGAGCCUUCUUGCUGUGCCAUGGGUCUGGGGGAGUCCACCUCCGUCAGGGAGGCCAGUGCCCCAGGGGAGCCCUUGCUGGCUCCUGCCCCUGAGCCCAGUCCUCCUGGGGGGGUCCCCCUCCCUGCUGCAGUGGGGGCUGUCAGCCUGGCUGCCUCCCAGCUCCCAAGCCCACCCUUGGGGCCUGCUGCCCCCGCACAGCCACCUUCAGCCCUGGAGUCUGAUGGAGAGGGGCCACCCCCCAGGGUGGGCUUUGUGGACAGCACCAUCAAGAGCCUGGAUGAGAAGCUGCGGACCCUGCUCUACCAGGAGCACGUGCCCACCUCCUCAGCCUCAGCUGGGACCCCUGUGGAGGUGGGCGACAGAGACUUUACUCUGGAGCCCCUGAGAGGGGACCGACCUCGCUCAGAGGUCUGUGGGGGAGACCUGACCCUGCCCCAGGUGCCUGGUGACAUGGACCCAGGGCAUGCCCAGCUGCCCCGGCCCUUGGUGGAAAAGUCAGAACUGGCCCAUACUCGAGGUGGUGUGACGGAGCAGGCCACAUCUUCACCAAUGACAGCAAAAUCAUCUCCCAGCAGCAUGCUAGGCUUUGACAGAGAUGGAGGGCAGGUGGCCUCAGACUCCUCCAUGGUGCCCAGUGCCCCCCAGGAUGCGGGUCCUGCACUUACGCAGGCCACGGCUGGAGACAGCACAGUCCCCGGAGAAAGCACCACAGAGCUCCUUCAGAGUGGCAUGGGGAUGCUCACAGAGGGCGAUCAGGCCAGCCACCCCCAGACAUAUGGCACUCGGGCCUCAGGAUCCCCUUGGAAAAGGCCAGGGCAGCAAGACAGCAGCUCGCCAGCCAAGACUGUGGGCCGCUUCUCAGUGGUCAGCACGCAAGAUGAGUGGACGCUGGCCUCCCCCCACAGUCUGAGGUACUCCGCCCCACCUGAUGUCUACUUGGAUGAGGUGCCUUCCAGCCCCGACAUGAAGCUGGCAGUGCGGCGGGUGCAGACCGCCUCCUCCAUUGAGGUCUGUGUGGGCGAGCCUGUGUCCAGUGACUCUGGGGACGAGUGCCCUCGGGGGCGGCCCCCAGUACAGAAGCAGGUGUCCCUGCCCAGUGGUGGGGGCGUAGCCAGCGACCUGGUGAAGAAGGCAACUGCCUUCCUGCACAGGCCCUCGCAGACUGGCUCUCUGGACUCAGAGACGCCCAGCAGGGCAGGUGUGAAGGUCCCCACCAUCAGUGUGACCUCCUUCCACUCCCAGUCAUCCUACAUCAGCAGCGACAAUGACUCGGAGUUCGAGGAUGCCGACAUAAAGAAGGAGCUGCAGAGUCUUCGGGAGAAGCACUUGAAGGAGAUUUCAGAGCUUCAGAGCCAGCAGAAGCAGGAGAUCGAGGCUCUAUACCGCCGGCUGGGCAAGCCGCUGCCCCCCAACGUGGGUUUCUUCCACACAGCUCCUCCCUCCGGCCGCCGGAGAAAAACCAGCAAGAGCAAGCUGAAGGCCGGGAAGCUGCUGAACCCCCUGGUGCGGCAGCUCAAGGUCGUGGCCUCCAGCACAGGUCACUUGGCUGACUCCAGCAAAGGCCCUCCUGCUAAGGACCCUGCCCAGGCCAGUGCGGGGCCCGCUGCAGCCAGCACCGGCCCAAGCGGGAAGGCCGUGCAGACUCAGCAGCCCUGCUCCGUUCGGGCCUCCCUGUCUUCGGACAUCUGCUCCGGCUUAGCCAGUGAUGGAGGCGGAGCGCGUGGCCAAGGCUGGACGGUUUACCACCCAACGUCUGAGAGAGUGACCUAUAAGUCUAGUAGCAAACCUCGUGCUCGAUUCCUCAGUGGACCCGUAUCUGUGUCCAUCUGGUCUGCCCUGAAGCGUCUCUGCCUAGGCAAAGAACACAGCAGUAGGUCCUCCACCAGCAGCCUGGCCCCAGGCCCUGAGCCAGGCCCUCAGCCCACCCUGCACGUCCAGGCGCAGGUGAACAACAGCAACAACAAGAAGGGCACCUUCACAGACGACCUGCACAAGCUGGUGGACGAGUGGACGAGCAAGACGGUGGGGGCCGCGCAGCUGAAGCCCACGCUCAACCAGCUGAAGCAGACUCAGAAGCUGCACGACAUGGAAGCCCAGAUGACUGCACCUCAAGCAGGAGUGGGGAUGCCGUGUCUGGCCCCAGCACCCAGCCCUCUGUCCUCCACAGUCAUUCCUGGAGCCUUCCCGGCCCUGCCCGUGCCCACAGCAGAUCCUGAGAGUGAGAAGCCCGACUGACCCUGCCCAGACGCCAGGCCCCGUAUCACGCCGUCAAAGUGGAGAAGUGACAGGACCCUCAGGGCCAGCCUGCUCCUCCUGUCCAGUUCACGCU